AUGGGGGACGUGCAUAACAGGAGGAGCCCUCCAUUUCCAUCGCCAACAGAGACAGUGUCGCCCGUUGCGCUAUCGCACCCUCCUCUCCUACAAGCCCCGCGGUCACCCCUGGACCAUGAUCAGGCAGGUAGAUCCCAGGAUGUAUUCUUACUCGGAUUAGAUGGGUUGGCGAAGUCGACAAACCGCAAACCACCUCGUUUUUCGCGGGGCGAUUCUGCCGAGCAGGUUUCCAGCCUAACACCGAUCACAGAGGAUACACGAUCCACCGGCGAGCGACAGGAAGACCAAGGUCGGAGUUCACAAACUUUGAAGGAACUGCGACGACAGAUGGAGGAGCUGCUGGUCUACCAACAAAUGCAGCAACAACAGGCCCCAACUCAGGUUCCCCCUGGACAGUCAAACGAGUCUCCCAAGAGACGAUGCCCACCCACCUCGUCUGUGACAGACCUUCCCAACGCCAUCGCGCAUCCUUCAUCUGGCUCACUGGGCUCUGGAGGGACCAUCAAAGCCCCUUCGCCGAACCAGAGCACCGUCCAAACACCUUCAGGACGUGAAGGCCAGUUCCGAUUGAAACUUCCAUCCGAAAAGGUGAGGUCGUCAGGAUCCCAAUCACCAGAGGAGAGACCCACCCCGGUACAACGUUCUAUUCCACCAAACUUUCUGCCAGCUCAAACAACCGCUAUACCCGAUGAUCCAGAUUUUGCGACCCCCAAUUUGUACGAUCUGACGUUGAAGUUGAAUGCGGAUGCGGGGUUGGAUGGAUGGUGGUCGAACCUUAUUGAUAUCCUGCAAGGACAUUACGGAGCCGAACGAGUAUCACUCGCCGUACCGGGCGAUGCGACAGAUCUAGAGAACGUGCCAUGGGGUCAAAAGGCGAUCUACAACCAACAUGGCAGUACUCUAGUUGAUAAUGGCCAGAAAUCAUUCCUGCAUGACGAUGUGCCACCGGAGACACCUGUCGUGCGGACCUAUAACAACGAGGCGAACCCGACAUCGGACGAGAUCUCGACGACUUUCCCUAACUCCGCGAAGUCUUCAUCUCGACCUCCUCUGUCUUCGCGUCACUCUUUUGCUGGAUUUGGCCAUGGCAAAAAGCAGCCUCUCGACCAGGAUUUGUCCCAUCAACUUUGGAAGUCCAAUAGCGUUAAGUCGGAGAAAAAGCAUGCUCGUAUUGCGGAUGAGCUCUCUAUCGAAACUACACCAUCUUUUAGCAGUCAGCGCACCCCCCAACAGCAAGCCGAAGUGCAUGAGGCUCCGGACAACUUGAUCCCUGUGCGACAUGCAGUGUUUCCUUUGUCAAGACCUCUGGAGGUGGAGUCAGAUCCUCUCAUCAAACGUACCGGUGUGGUGAAGCUGUUUGGCCGAACAAGCCCUGUCAUCCUUACGCGAGAAUAUUCAGAGAAUUCGGCCCCCAUUUUUAGCAACCCAAGUCGGAGCCCACUAGAAACCGUCCAAGUUACACCAGGGAGUGAACCGCCCAAAACUCAUGUCACUGCUCCAAGUGUUUCUUUGCAACAUGAACCCGCGGCUAGCCUUGUUGCCCUGGGGCUACGACAAUAUGAUGAAUACGAGCAGGCCCCCCAGUCACCAUGGUCCCAAUCCCCUGCGCCUUCACCAGCACCCCGCACACAUGCCGACCAGAAUCCCUUUUUCACGAAUCAUGCGGUCGAUGAAGGUGCAUUCGACAAGAAUCCACCUGCCCACGAUUACUCUAACACUCGCCCAUUAGAGGCCAUUGGAAUCGACCAAUCUAAAACCGUGAUUCAUAUUCCCCUUUUGCAUAGAGGUCGCUCUGAUCAACCUUCCUCGUCAACUUUAAUGUUUCCUGUGGCCGUCAUCUCAUUGCUGUCCACAAUUGUGCCAUACCCACCCAACCUCCGCAGAUCCCUCACAGAUCUGAUGCCUCACUUAACGACCUCAUUUUGCUUGGCUCAGCAGUAUAGUCAGCUCGAACGUCAGUUGGCGACCAAGGUCGAAACUCCUCGUUAUGGUCAUUUACUAGGACUUGGCGGUACCUUCUCCGACGCAAGCAGCGAGCUGGAACUCGUCGCAGGAUUAAGCGGCCAUGUUAGUUAUUCUGUUGGCGAUGAAGGGUCUGCUCGGGCCAGUGUCGCUAGUCCCAGUGACCGCUCAUCUACAAAGUUUAGCCCUGCUAUCUCAAGCUUUGGAACUCCUGGUUUCGAACUUGGCCACGCAGGAUUGGGGUCAGCAGGUCUUUCCCCGGCCAUCACAGGACGCGAUAUCACCACAGACAGUUAUUUCACUGCUCAGCAUCCCAAGCAUCCCCGCGAGAAUGGAGCUCAAUAUCGACAGCGGAUACCGAAGGCCAAGACGAAAGUCGCCGAAUCAACUCCGACCUCCCCCGGAAAAGUGACUGGAAACGCGUCCAAUACUGAAGACGCCAACUCCCAAGAUCUGAGCCUUUCCAUGGCAUCUCAAAUUCAAGAUAUGAGACCGCCGUCACUUAUCUCCCCAACGCAACCCUCGUCGCGGCAGGCAUCAACGAAUUCAUUGUAUACUCAGCUGCAACGUGAAUUACCCCGUCCGUUCUCUGACACUAUAGCACAACUGAUGCUCAAUUCAAUCCCACUCCAUCUCUUUUUGGCUAAACCCCAGAGUGGCGAAGUGAUAUGGACUAAUGCUAAAUUCGAUGCUUUCAGGAGGAGUAAGCCCCAAGAACAAAGAUUACGAGAUCCUUGGCAAAAUAUUCAUAGCAGUGAGCGCGAUCAUGUCUCAAGUGAGUGGGAAAAUGCUUUGCGGACAGGCUCUCAAUUCACUGAAAGAGUACGCGUGAGACGGUUCAAUGAUGAGGGUGCAUACCGCUGGUUCAUCUUCCGAGCAAAUCCGUUGCUGUCUGCAACCGGAGAGGUCCUUUACUGGAUUGGUUCUUUCCUCGACAUCCAUGAGCAGCAUACUGCUGAGCUGGCAGCUAUUCAGGAGAGGGAGAAAUUUGCCACCGAUGCCAAAUACCGGGCAUUCUCGAAUUCAAUCCCCCAGGUUGUGUUUGAGGCGACUGAAAACCGGGGGUUGAUAUUUGUUAAUGAACAAUGGAACUUGUACACUGGACAGCAGCUCGAGGAAGCCCUUGAUCUGGGAUUUGCCAAGCAUGUCCAUCCCGACGAUCUGGAGAAAUGUGGCGGACUCACCUCAACCACGAAACAUAAUCCAAUUGGGUCCAUUGAUAAAGCCAAAUCCGCAGAUGGAGGAAGUGGCCAAGUACCUUCUGAAAUGCACGGUGUUUCAUCUGCAUUGGAUGAACUCGUGAGGCGGGGUGUUGCAUCCUUGCAGAAAGAUGAAAAUGGACGUGUCUUUUACUCCACUGAAAUUCGACUUCGCUCCCGAGGAGGUGAUUUUCGAUGGCAUUUGGUUCGCUUGGUUCUUGUUGAGACAAGCAGCUUUGGCAGUGAGGAAGCCUCGUGGUACGGCACUUGUACCGACAUAAAUGACCGCAAAAACCUUGAGCGUCAGCUUAAUAAGACAAUGGAGUCCAAGACAAAGUUCUUCAGUAACAUGUCACACGAGAUCAGAACCCCUCUCAACGGAAUCCUUGGUACCAUUCCAUUUAUCCUUGAUACGCAGCUUGACAGCGACCAGAGGAGAAUGCUGGAUACCAUCCAGAACAGCUCUAUCAACCUUCGUGAACUGGUGGACAAUAUCCUGGACGUGUCUCGUGUUGAGGCCGGCAAGAUGUCACUAGUCAGCUCUUGGUUCCAUGUCCGAUCCAUGAUUGAAGAUGUUAUUGACACUAUCGCUUCUCGAGCCAUUGAUAAAGGCCUCGAGAUUAACUAUCUGAUGGCUCAAGAUGUGCCAUCAAUGGUUAUCGGUGAUCGAUUCCGUAUCCGCCAAGUCCUCAUCAACCUCGUCGGCAAUGCUGUCAAGUUUACCGCCCAAGGCGAGAUAUUCAUCUGCUGUAAUCUCAGUCAUGACGAGUCGCCCAACAUCCAAAAUACCGAGGCUUUCUUGAAAUUUGAUGUUGUAGAUACCGGUAAAGGUUUCAGCCAGACUGAUGCGGACCGUCUCAUGCAAAGAUUUAGUCAGUUGGGCGAGAACGGAUCACAGCAAAAUGCUGGAAGUGGACUUGGAUUGUUCCUAUCUAAGCAAUUGGUCGAGAUGCAUGGCGGCAAGCUCACGCCCAGCAGCAUGGAAGGCAAAGGAGCUAAGUUCUCCUUCAAUGUUAAGGUUGAUGCUCCCUCUCCUCCCUCGCCGUCCGAGAGACCCAAUCUACUCCGCCAAGCCUCAACUGCCUCUAGAAGACCAGUGACAUCCAGGACAACAUCUUACGAUCAAUAUGCGCUGUCGCCGCUGCGCAACUUUGAUGCCAAACUACAAGAUCCUUCCAUCCUUUCCCCGGGGCUUGAUUCUCCUGCGUCACGAUCUCAUUCACCUACCUUCAGCAGUACGGGCGCGGGCUCUGACACCAAGGGCCUGAAUUUGCAAUCAUCGACCUACUCUGCUCCCCCAACUGCGGAUCCUCAUACUGCUCAGUCACCACCAUUGAAUCUGCCCAAAACCGAGGGAGCUUCGAAUACAAGCCCGAAACCACCAAUCAGAGAGAAUUCCGAUGAUUCUAUUUCUAGUGCUCCCGUUCAGUUGACUCCACCACCGGUCAACGUUUCUGAAGCUUCUAGCAACCCCUUGGCCGAAGUUUCUCCGCACGGUUCCCUCUCGAUUUUCAUCUUAUGUCCCCUUGACAAUACGCGGCGAUCGACAAAGCAACACAUCCAGCAAGUCGUACCGCAUGAGAUUUCUUUCAAGAUCACCACAUUGUCCGAUAUUGAUGAGUGGAAGGACAUGAUGCAAUCAGGCUCCAAUGUGCCCUGCACCCAUCUUGUUCUCAACCUGCCUGCAACUGAUGACAUACUGGAAGUCAUCCAACAUGUGACCGAGUGUGAACCCAGCACAGCUCCUGUGGUCGUGAUAAUUUCGGAUUUGUACCAGAAACGACAGAUCAGCACUCGCGUCAAAGAAUUGGCUACCUCGGGGAAAAAGGUCUUCAUCGUGCCAAAACCUGUCAAACCCUCUGCUUUCUCGACUAUAUUUGACCCCGAGAGCAAGCGCGAGCUGAGUAAGGAUCGCAAUCAAGAUAUGGCUCGCGAGAUCAACAACAAUUUCAAGUCCAUGUCCAAGAUGGUCAAGGAACAACUUGGGAACAAGGGGUACCGCAUCUUACUUGUGGAAGAUGACGAGACCAACCGUGAUGUUAUGCUAAAAUAUCUCGACAAGAUUAAGCUUAUGUCAGAGACUGCAUCCAAUGGCCAAGAAGCUAUUGAUAUGGUCUUUUCCAAAGAGCCGGGCUACUUCUCUCUCAUUAUUUGUGAUAUCCAAAUGCCCAUCAAGAACGGCUACGACACCUGUCGAGACAUCCGUGCCUGGGAGCAAAAGAACCACUAUCCCCAGAUUCCGAUCAUGGCUCUGUCAGCCAAUGCAAUGACAGAACAAAUCGAGAAUGCCGCACGUGCGGGCUUCAAUGACUAUGUCACUAAGCCCAUUAAGCACAACGAGCUGGGCAAAAUGAUGAUGGGACUUCUCAACAGCCACCAACCACUUCUCCUUCUUCGAGAUCGGUUGCAUCCUGGCAACCCACAAACCACUAUCCGCCGCUAGUGGAGACGAAUCCUGCAUGAUGACGUCUACCAUGAUACUAUUUUAUUCUAUCUGCUCUGUAGAUGGCGAUUAACUUUGAUUUUGACACUAUAUCCUCGAUUGCAUGUUUUUCAGCCUUUUAUUUGCACCAGUACACGAUCGAGCGACUCCACGGUUUCUGAUUUACGGUUCACGGUGCAACUGGUCAUUGAUUUUUGGGAUACGGAAGAGGGGUGGGGACUUCAGACCAAGGGCAUAUCCCGGCGCAUGUGCAUUUUUUGGUGCGCUCGUUAC